AUGUCAUCAAUUCUCCGCCAAAUAGUCGCAGGUCCAAGACAACAACACCCAGAAGCAGGACUAGAUCUCUGCUACGUCACAGACAAUGUCAUUGCAACCUCCGGUCCAUCAGCAACAUAUCCACAGCGCGCUUAUCGCAACCCACUAGAUGCACUAGUCAACUUCCUGGACACUAAACAUGGCGCGGAAUGGUGCAUCUGGGAAUUUCGCGCCGAAGGCACAGGAUAUCCAGACUCAGAAGUCUACGGGCGCAUCCACCAUUUCCCCUGGCCAGACCACCACCCACCGCCAUUCGCGCAUAUUCCCAACAUAGUGGGCAGCAUGCGAAACUGGCUACAUCGACUAGACGAAAAAAAGUCACCAGGCACGGACACCGACAAAAAUGGACGGGUCGCCGUUGUACACUGCAAAGCAGGCAAAGGGCGCAGCGGGACGAUCGCAUGUGCAUACUUGAUCAGUCAGGAAGGGUGGAAGAAGGAAGACGCGCUGCAGCGGUUUACGGAUCGACGCAUGCGGGUUGGAUUCGGGAACGGCGUUAGCAUCCCCAGCCAGCUGCGAUAUGUUGACUACAUCGAUAAAUGGGCAAACAAGAUGGGGAAGCAAUAUGUCGAGCGGCCGGUGGAGAUCCUAGAGGUUCAUAUCUGGGGGUUGAGGGAUGGGGUUAAAGUUGCGGUGGAGGGGUAUGUGGAUGAGGGGAAGAAGAUUAAGUGUUUCCAUAUGUUUCAUCGGAAUGAGCGUACCAUCGUUGAAGAUGGGAGCUCGAUGUCUGAGGAACAAGAGGCUGGCAAGGGGAGCAAUAUCGCCAAGCCAAAUCCCGACUCCGACCCCAAGAUCGAGAACCCAGUCCCUUCGUCUGCGACCUGGUCCCCGGUAUCAGGAUCUGAUCCCUCUGCGGGUCGGAGUAUCUCGGCAAUGAUCUUCAAACCCAACAAGCCAAUCAUUGUCCCCACCUCGGAUGUGAACAUUGAUUUCGAGCGCCGCAGCAAAGCAUCCUACACCGGUUUUGCGAUGGUAACCUCCGUCGCGCACGUAUGGUUCAAUCCCUACUUCGAAGGCGGAGCUGAGCACGACUCGGGCGUUUUCGAGACCGAAUGGGACGCGAUGGACGGGAUUAAGGGGAGCGUGAGGAAGGGGAUUCGGGCGCUAGACAAGCUGAAAAUUGUAUGGCGAUAUCCUACAGCGGAGACAUUAGAAGCUAGUGCAGCUGGCAAGCACAAGGGGAAAGGGAAGAAGAGCGAGGAUAUCGCGCCGGUAACGGGAAGACCGAUCAGUGAGCCCAAACCCGGUGAUCCUAUCCAUGAAAGCGAGCCGCCUGAUUGGCGGGGACUACCGCAGGGAGAUAAGAAGGAGAAUCGGCGUCCUUCUGGGAGUUCGCAGAAAAGCACUGCUACGAGUAUUUCAGACAAGACUAAGGAGUUGGGACAUGCGCUGGAGAAGGAACUUGGACUGCGGAAGCAGACGGGUGAUAGUCCGGAUGUUAGUCAUGCUAGGAGUGAUGAGACGAGCACUACUACCGAUGAUGAGUCCCGGAAGGUCGAAGUUAAGAAGGUAUAUAGUGCAGGGCUUGAGGGGGUGAAGACGGAUGCGAAGAAUGGGGGGAGAGCAAAGUAA